GGAGCCAGGUUUCCCCGCCUUUGCAGCCGCUACAGCUGAACCCGGACCCCUCACCCCGGCCGGGCACUAUCGCCAUGACGAACGUGUACUCCUUGGAUGGGAUUCUGGUGUUUGGUUUGCUCUUUGUUUGCACCUGUGCCUACUUCAAGAAAGUACCUCGUCUCAAAACCUGGCUGCUUUCAGAGAAGAAGGGAGUUUGGGGUGUAUUUUACAAAGCUGCUGUGAUUGGAACCCGGCUGCAUGCUGCUGUUGCAAUUGCCUGCAUCGUAAUGGCCUUUUACGUCCUGUUUAUCAAAUGAGUUCCAAACCAUCCAGCUCAUCAACUGCCAACCAAGGGGAUAAAGAUGAAGAACUUGUCGGAAACCUGGACCCAGUAUAGGAGAGUUGAGCUAAAACCAUCAGUGUCUCAAAGAUGACACUGAAGCAUCUGCCUGCCAUAUGUGGGGAACACUCAUGGUCACAAACAUUAUUUUUGCUUCAAGGGAUUCCAGAAAUCCAAACUUUUUUUUUUUAAUCUCUUCGUUAAUCGGCCCUCAGCAGCAAGUCUGUAUGUCCAGAUAAAUUACACCCCCAUUGAUAUGA